UCGUUUGGAAUACGCGGUCUGGACGACGGUAUGCACGGGUCAUUGCAAUGGCCCCGGUUGUCCGAUGUACGAAGUGUGCGACGUGGAGUUAGCUCAACCUCCGCUGGAGGGAGUCUGAGUGUGUUAGUGUUAGCGGAAUGUGUAUAUAAGAAGACUCCUCUACCAACCUUUCAUCUCUCAUCAUCUAGUCUCUCAAAGCACUCCAGCUCUUCUUGAUAUCUCGUUCGAGUAUUCCAACUCUUUAUCAUUCGAUAUCCCACUCAAGCCACCACAGCUUCAAAUAGCUUAUGCUUCGAGCCGCCUCCUCUGCUCUCAAAAUGGCUUCCAACCGCAUCAAGAACGUCGCCAUCGUUGGCGCCACCGGCAACAGCGGAUCGUACAUGGUCUCGUCCCUCCUAGCCACAGGAAAACACAACGUCACCGCCAUCACUCGCGCUAGCUCCAACACCACCCUCCCCGCCGGCGUCACGGCCGCACCCGUCGACUACGACGACCCCUCUUCCCUCGUCGCCGCACUUAAAGGCCAAGACGCCCUCGUCAUCACCCUGGGCGUCAUGGCACCCCCGGGCACGCAAUCGAAGCUCUUCCGCGCCGCCGCCGACGCCGGCGUCCCCUGGGUCCUCCCCAACGAAUGGGCGCCCGACACCGCGCACCCCGGCCUAGCCAAGGACGUCUUCAACUUCGGGAACCUGGCCGACGCGCAGAAGGAGCUUGCCGCCAUCGGCGUGAGCAACUACGUCGCCGUCACGUGCGGCUUCUGGUACGAGUGGAGUCUCUCCAUACCGACUGCGUUUGGCUUCGACUUCGAGAAGAAGGAGGUCACGUUCUUCGAUGACGGCGCGGCGAAGCAGAGCACGAGCACGUGGCCGCAGGUGGGACGGGCCGUGGCGGCGUUAUUGAGUCUGCCUGUGAAGCCUGAGGGCGGGAAUAAGGAGAAGUCGUUGGAGCAUUUCAAGAAUAAGCCGGCUUAUGUCAACUCUUUCACGGUCUCGCAGAAGGAUAUGCUCGAUUCGGUUCUUCGCGUGACUGGGGACAAGCUGGAGGACUGGAAGAUUAGCAAUGAGCCGAGCCAUGAGCGCUGGGCGAAAGGCAUCGAGGCGAUGAAGGGCGGUGAUCGGAGCGGGUUCGUCAAGAUGAUGUACACCAGGGUCUUCUAUCCUGAUGACAGUGGCAAUUUCGAGAAGACUCGGGGAGUGAGCAACGAGUUGCUGGGCUUGCCGAAGGAGGACCUUGAUGAAGCUACGAAGGCGGCUAUUAAGAGAGCCAAGGAGAUUUCGAGCCACUAGAUCCUAGACUUGCGGAGAGUGACGUAUUUUGAAGGGUGCUCGUAGCUCUGCUAUUAGUUUCAGGAAUUCAAGUCGUCGUUCACGCAAUCAAGUCUAUACUUUCUAGAAUAUAUCUAGUGCACACUUUCGUGAGUGCUUUGACA